AUGAGUUCUGCUGACCAUCUUGGAAAUCUAUUUAGUUUCAAUAAACAGAGUGACGAAGAAGAUAGCUUCGACGAUCCCGUUCCCGGAUUGAAACCACCCGAAGAAGAGGACAACGAAAGUUUGGAGGACGAUAGUGACGAAGUCAUUACCCAACAGCCACUGCGUGAUCUGGAUUUGGCAGAAGAGGAUUUCAAUUUGCUCACUAUUGAAAACGUCCCACUGAAUGUUUUAAAACUACGCAUCGGUCGUGUCAUAGCAGAAGUAUUGUAUCGAGGUGAACCUGCAGCAAUGGCGCUGUUUGAUGUGGCCAACAAAAUAGUUUUCCAGUCGACAAUGAUGGAUGCAAAACGAAACGCAGUAAUCGAAACUAUCAUUUGCGGCCUGACUCGGAUGAUUUUUGACAAUCGAGAGAGGGCUGAAAGAGUUGAUCAAGCUGAGAACGUUCUGAUGUUGUUCGUAGCAAAACUAUCGAUCAAAAAUAAGUCUAUAAAGUGUAGCGAUCUUUUCUUCCAACUGAUUCUUCUAAUCGAUCGCCUGUUCUUACACGUUGAUUCGAACGUCCGGUCUCGAGUCAACCUUCUCAUCGCGUAUUUAGUAGAAGAGGCGAAUCGCUAUUCUGAAAUUAUGAGAGAACAUGGUGAUAAUGUUUUCUUGUUCACGGAUGAGAAUCCCACUGAGGAAGAGGAGAUGAUUCCGAAUGGCGUGAGAAAAAGGUGGGUGAUGAAGUUGGCCAAAAGUUUGCUGGACAAGUCACCUCAAGUUAGAUGUAAAGCAGUUGUUGCGUUAUCGCUUUGGGACCACGACAUUGUGAUCAAAUCCACAAACGGUGAAGAGUUAACAGUCAAUGAUUUGAUUUGGAAGAGUGUCCACGAUGUUGACGAAAGUGUUCGAAUAAGUGCAGCUCGUCGAGUUCAUAUUGUCGACGAAAAAGAGAUUAACAAGUGCAUCGAUUACGUUGAGAGAAGCAAAGAUACUCGUGUUCGGCAGGAAAUCAUUAACAGACUCGCAUCUGAUGUUCAUCUGUUUUCCUAUUCUGAUGAGCAGAGAUACCGUCUUGUAAACCUUCUGAACGACAGUGACAACGCACGGGUACAAGACGUUAUUCAUCAGCGCCUUGUGGAAUCCUGGAUGAAAGUUGCUGGAGAGGAGAUCAUCAGUCCGUCGGUUUUCCCUCCAUCGCAACCAAAUCAUGAGAUUCCCAACGAGUUUCCCAGUAUAAUUCUGCAGUAUCUUGAUCCAUUCGUCGACCCUGAUGCUGUCUAUAUUUUUUUGAAGUUUGCGAUUAUCCGAUUUACCAAUAAAGUUUCUGGAAAAGCGUCGGAUCACAUUGAUGUAGAGGAGUUUAUGAAAGCUUGUCUCAAAAUUCCUAGCGAAGACAGUGAAUGCAUUGGAUUGAUGCGUAGAACGACAUUCAGGCUUGUUUCCGAAGACACGGAGAAUUCGAUCGAGGAGCUUAAUAUAACUUUUUUGAGAAUAUUCGUUACUCGAUGUUGUUUAGAUGUCGUUUUCGAUUCAGUCAAAGGGAGGCUUGAUGCGGAGCAUUUGCGAAAUCGUGCUCUUAUGUUUUUUCUUCCCGAUGUCACAACAUUUGUUGAAGAGCUAAGGCAUCUCUGCUUCACUCAUUUCAAAGAAGAUGCUGAUGACAGAAGAGAGUUGUUGCUAUACAAUAUCAUCCACCUCAUAAACAAAUCUGUGAAAUAUGGAAACGUGUCAGAUGAUAGGAUAACCUACAAAAAUGUGUUGAUGGAGUUAUUAGCAUCACCUACUCUCCAGUUUUCGAAUCCAUCAGUUUCAACGAUGGUAACAACUUGUAUUGACCUGUGCAAAAACGGCGAAGAAACGGAAGAUAUAUGUAACUGGUUCUGUGAAACUGCCAGUCAAUUGAUGAUGUAUGAAUCGGAACAAUUCGAUAGAGAGAAUCCGAAAUUGGAAACUGCAAUGGAGAAUGACACUGUUCUUGAUAGGAUGUAUUUGAGAGGUGCAACGAUGUUGCUUGCAACAUGCAAACAUGAAGAAAUUGAAACUCCAACUUCCUCAAUGACCUCUCUUUUCAAAAGUAUUAUCCCGGCUCUUCUCGGAAACGAAAACAAAGGAAUCCAAAAAAUUGGUCUAGAACUCAUCGGAUAUGCAACUUCCAUCGAUUUUGUUAACUGUGAGCCCUACAUCAAGCUCACCCAAUUGUUGAUCCACAGAGAUGAUGAAGUUCUCAAGUCAACUGGACUCCACACCUUAGCUAGAGUUAUCAAACGGCACGGAUUCCCAAAAACAGCCCAAGCCAUUUUUCAAGAGCAACAUCAGAGUGAGGAAGAAUGUCAGAAUGAAUUGGCGAAAUUGUUCGAAACAUCAUUGGUCACACUUCGAGGGAUGGUUCUUGUUCAAACGGUUCAAGAUUAUCUGAGUAUGCUAUCAUAUGGACGAUUCGCUUGGCCGAAGCUCCACUGUGCACUUCUUCUGAUAAUUUUCCAAAACAGAAAUUCGGAUUUACCUCUUGUGAAGAUAUUCAAAUCAUACUGCAAAAAAGCAAUCAGAAGUGAUUUCACAAGGUCAGUUGUGCGGCAACUUGUGUCAUACUUAAAAAUUUCUAAUUCCAGAAUGAACCUUAUGCUUGGAUUCGUUAGAUCAAUUGAUAUCAUUUCUAAGUCGAGCGAGCACGAUGCCAACUUGAAUAUCAUGGAAAUGACCGAGCAAGUAUGUGAAGCGAUCAGUUGUGUACCGACAAUAGGAGAUGAAAACGAUGAACUCCUAAAACAAAACGAAAAGAAGGAGAAGCAUUUAGAGGUCGAACUAGCUAACAAGAUGGUCAGUAGAGCAGUGGCAUUCCCAUCUGCUUGGUUCAUCCGUCAUGUGUUCACUGCUAUGUCAACAUCGUUGCGUCUAGAAGGUGUUCCGAUGGAUAAAUUAGACGACCUACACAAUCGUCUCGUUGAUUCAUAUACGGUAAUGGGAAGAUGCAAAUAUCAGGGGUUUGCAAAAGUAAUGCGCGAAGUUCGUUUCAACUCGGGAAAAACCACCCAAAUCGCAUUUAAGAGAUUUUUGACACAAUGUGAAAAAGUUAUAUCAUUGCAUGAGAGUAUGAAAGCACUGAAAUCGGGUAUUGCUUUGAAGAAAGUCAAAACAGAACCUAUCGAUGGUUCUUCUGUAGUUGGAUCUUCUUCAUCAUCAUCAGUAGGAAAGAGAAAGAAGGAAAAGAAGCAUGCGUGGGAUGAGGAUGAACUUAAAGAGGACCCAGAUGAUAGUUUUGAAGUGAGAGUUUCUCUCUAUUCACUUCUAAAAAUUUCCAAUUUUCAGUACUUUCCAAAAUCGACUCGAACGAGAAAAAGGCAGAUCACUUCGAACGAGACCGUUCUUUUCAAAAAAACCAAAAUGUUGUCUGAUGAAGAAGGAGAAGAAAAAGAGGCUAUACAUAUUGAUGAUUCGUUCGAACUCUAG